CUGACCCUACUCGACGAGGCAAUUACCCGCUUUGCCCCGAGUUUCUGCCUAGUGAUAGGGAACAAUUUAUCUGGGAGCCCACUUGCAUAUCAAGAUUCACACCUCAGUAUCCGAUGUUUGUAGCCUUUUCUCAGUGUCUCUAGCUCUGUCCUCAGCGACUCAUUGACUCCUCUCUCUCUUCGGCCAUCUUUUCUUGAAUCCCAGGCCAUUUUCCUACGGACUCGUCACGGUACAGACAUGGGGAACAAUGAGAAGACGGAGGAAAUUCCUGGGGGUGAUUCCAGCUCCCAGGGCAAAAAGCUCCUUCGCGUGGACCAAUUCUUCAGUCGGAAAGACCGCCAAUGGCGCUACGUCAAGACUGCCAAAGUUAGAACCGAAGAGUCAAAGUUCAGCAAAUACUCAAUUGUGGUACGGCGGAUUAUCAGCUCCAAGGGGUUGGUUGCGGAUGAACGCGUCGAUAUCAAGAGUCCCAGGCUAGCGGAGCUUCUAAGAGUGCUUCUUGAAGGUCUGGGGGAUUUAGAGCUUUCCAAGAGCCCCCCUGAGCUUUCCCCUCGGCAGCUCUACCACGCUUGGACAGGUCUGCAGGAGCGUUUAUCCGAAGAGAUAGACAAGCCUGAUCGCUCUGAUGAAUUCGUCAAGGAUCUCAAAACUGCAUUGGAGUUUUUGGACGCCGACUUUGCAAAGACUAGAUCGAAUAUGCAGUCGCUUUUGGAGUUCGGUGACAUAACUUACGACUUACUCUGGGCACUUUUCACACCUCGAGCAGUCGUCUAUACCGAGGCUAAUACUAUGAAAGAAUCGCAGACUUACAUGUUCUUCAGCGGAGAAUAUGUGAUCACACCUACGGAUGAGAGAUGGUACGCGAUUGAGGGCAAGAUGCUUCAUCAUGAUGGCGAUUCACUUGGCUGGGGAUUUCCAACUUUCAAGAUUCCCCACUUCAUGGGGACGAAGAAAAUUACCAGCAUUGACUCCUUCCCACUGAAUUAUCAUCCCGAGAAACAGAAAAUUCAAGAGAAGCUCAUAGAACGGGGACGGAAGUAUGUCGACAUUGUUAGGCAGCCUGUUUGCCUGGAGUACAGUGGCCUUGCUGUCAGGCAAGAGACCAAUCUUGACGGAAAGGUCAUGGAAAUCCAGUUUGCUUCAACCGGUCGUAUCAUGGCGGACCCAGCGACGUUCUACAAUCAGAGACCCAACGAAACAAUGAUAAGCAAGCCAUGGAUUUACGCGGAGUGGCAAACCAGUGGCAAGAGUUUCACCGACGAGGAAGUCAUGCUUAGCAACCAUCGAGUUCAGGGCUUUGGGUUUACACCUAAGACUUGGGGCGGAUUUGCGGUGUCCAGAACGCAACAGGUUGUUUGGAAUAUGAAGGCGUUCGACAAAUUGAUCAUGAACGAGCAGAAGAAGACAAUGAUUCGACUGCUCGUUCAAAGCCAUAGAACCAACGAGACGGCCUUUGACGAUAUCGUCAUUGGCAAAGGUAAAGGGCUUGUAGGUCUUCUUUCAGGGCCGCCUGGCGUGGGGAAGACCUUGACGGCCGAGGUAGUUGCCGAACUGUCGCGGAGACCGCUAUAUGUCAUCUCAGCAGGUGAGCUUGGGACGACAGUCGAUAAAGUAGAUAAGCAGUUGGGUGUGGUGCUUGACAUCACACGGCGGUGGGGUUGUGUGCUCUUGAUUGAUGAGGCCGAUAUCUUUCUUUUCAAAAGAGGGGAGGCUCAACUUGAGAGAAAUGCUCUCGUCAGUGUCUUCUUACGCAGACUUGAGUACGUUAUCAAGAGCCGAUGGCGUUGCUCUCAUUACUGACAGAUAUUUAAGAUACUUUCAAGGCAUUGUCAUCUUGACAACGAACAGAAGGAAAGAUAUUGAUAAGGCUUUCAAGAGUCAGUUGACGUCUACCCUAAGAAGACGACUCCCAAAGCUCUUUGAUUAUCAAGAAACGAUGGGUUACCUGUUCAAGGCUGACUGCUUUCCAACACAGGCCGCAUUCAUUUUAGAUUCCAC